GAGAGAGAGAGAGAGAGAGAGAGAGAGGCAUGUGCAGUUCCAAUCAUGGAGGUUCUUCUGUCAGUGCAUGUGAAUCAAUCACCGUAGACACCUCUCUCUCUCUCUCUAACACACCCUUAAAUCUCUAUCUUCUCCCUUUCAUGUGGACAGAGUAGAAGGCAAUGUGCUAAAAUGAGCACACAGACACCGUGCGCCCGCUCCCGCUCCUGGUCCAUCAGCGACGACUCGCUAAGAAGGUAUGUAUAUUUUGCAAGCGAGAAUUGUAUACAGGAGUUGCUGUCUGCUUCGGAUCCAAACCGGGUCGACAUCGGUGAUAGAUGGAAGGUUCUUGCGCUCGAGAAUGGCGUCGAGAUAUCCAAACGCCGAUCGGGCUCUCUUCACAUCUUUCGCAGCCGAUGGCUGCUCCAAUCUGUCUCACCUCAGCAGUUCAUAACAGUUGCAAAUGCCAUUGACGCUGCUAAGCAAUGGGACCCUGAUCUAGUAGAAGCUAAGUACAUCAAGGACCUUGAUGAAAACCUCAGCAUAAUCCGCCUCCGGUUCGGCGACGCCUCGAAACCUUUGUUCAAGAAUAGAGAAUUCAUAGUCUACGAGCGGCGUGAAACCAUGGACGACGGCACUCUGGUGGUUGCGGUCGCGUCUCUGCCGAAAGAGAUCGCCGCUGGAUUGCAACCGAAGCAGGCCAACUCGAUCAGAGGGCUGUUGUUGCAGUCAGGAUGGGUGGUUGAGAAGCUAGAAGAUGAUUCUUGCAUGGUUACUUAUGUUGUUCAGUUGGAUCCGGCAGGGUGGCUGCCUAAAUGCUUCGUGAACCGGCUACACACAAAGCUCGUUAUGAUCAUCGACAACCUUAAGAAGUUAGCGCAAGCGUGUCCGAUCAAUGGCGGUAUAUGAAAUGUUUUUUUUUUUCUUUAUAGUAAAUACAUGUAAUAGUAAUAAUAAUUAUGGCUUUUGAUUCCUUUUGUCUUUCCUUUUUAUAAUUGGGUAUGUAAAUUCAAUGAGGAAAAGAUAAGAACCCAAAAGAAAAUGAGAACUCAUCAAGUCACGUGGUAGGACCUGAGGUUUGGACAUAUGACACCCUGGACUUUGGCACAAAGGUGAAUUUUUUUUUUUUUU